AAGCUUUGCGCUUAGUCCCUCCCUCGACAGCUCUAACCUGUCCUAGACAGGAAGCCGUGUUCUAGACCUGUAAACAGGAGGACUCGGAAAAAAAAAACUCACCCAUAGAAAUUAUGGAAACUUACUUUGACGAUAGUAGUUAUAUAAAUUAAAAGCGGGAUGAGUGACUAUAGACUACGCAAACAGCACAAUAACCAACUUGUUGCACUAACGAGCAGGGGCGAUUUCACAAUCACUCAGUCGCAGCGAGUGUCGUGUUUGAGAAGUAAUCGAACUUGCGCGGAUUACCAGCAAGAUAUCAUCGAGCUUUGAUAAUGUGUUAAUUUAGCAGAGAGUGGAAAUAAAUCGUCUAAAUGAACUAAAACAGGAGACAAACAGGAGGAAACAGUGUGGAUAUCGUUUCCUUUAUUGUGAGGGUUCAUUUUUAAAUUUCCCUCCCUUUUUAAGUCGGAGCGGAGGAGACGGGCACCAGAGUACUUUGCAACCCGGCAGCCUGAACUCAGGCCUUGGGGUCUCACGUCUGAGUUUUCCCCGCAGGAAGGGAUACAAAGAAAAACACAUUUUCGUCAUUUCAAACGCGUAAGAAGACUGGGGAUUAUCAGGCGAAGAUUGCUUCGGGUUGAGUGUUUGUUGCCCUGUCUCAGUGGGAUUACAGCGGCAGAAUGGAACCGAACUCCGGGAACUCGGCAUCUGCCGGGGUGUCGAAGAGUGGAAAGGAUAAAAAGUCCAAGAAACAUCUAGAAGAUGGGGACGGAAAAAAGAAAUUCACUCUCAAACGGCUGAUUCCAGACGAGCUGGAGCGCUUCACCAGCAUGCGGAUGAAGAAGGACAAGGAGAAGCCCCACGUGCAGGGCCAGCGCCACUCCUCGGCGGCAGCGCUGUACGAGGUGCCCAGCCCCACCAUGCUGCACGACCACCCCGACGACUACGUGCUGGAGCUCUUCGAGCAGAUGCUGGUGGACAUGAAUCUCAACGAGGAGAAGCAGCAGCCUCUUCGAGCGAAAGAUAUCACCAUUAAGAGAGAGAUGGUGUCCCAGUACCUGCACACAUCUAAAGCAGGCCAGAAUCAGAGGGAGAGCUCCAAGUCAGCAGUGAUGUACAUUCAGGAGCUGAAGACAGAGCCCAGAGACAUGCAGCUACUUGGCUGUCUGGAGUCGCUAAGAGUGUCUCUCAACAACAACCCUGUCAGCUGGGUGCAGACGUUUGGGGGCGAGGGACUCGCCCUUCUCCUGAAUUUCCUGAAGAGGCUGCAGGAUGACAAGGAAGAGCUCUCGAGUCAGGGAAUCGGGGUCCGCUGUCAGCACGAGAUCAUCCGCUGCCUCAAGGCCUUCAUGAACAACAAGUAUGGGCUGAAGGCCAUGCUGACCUCGUCGGAGGGUAUCCCCUUAUUGGUGAGAGCCAUCAACCCCCGCGUGCCCCACAUGAUGGUGGACGCCGUCAAGCUCCUGUCGGUCAUCUGCAUCCUGGAGGACCCAGAAGACCUUCACGAGCGCGUGCUGGAGGCCCUGACGGUUCAGGGCGAGGAGCAGGAGAUCGAGCGCUUCCAGCCUCUGCUCUCCGGCAUGCACAAACCCAACAUCGCCCUGAAGGCGGCCUGCAUGCAGCUCAUCAAUGCCCUGAUCAGUAGAGGAGAGGAGCUGGACUUCAGAAUCCACCUGCGCUCGGAGCUGAUGAGGCUGGGCCUGAGGGAGCAGCUGAGCGAGGUUCGCUCCAUCGAGAACGACGAGCUGAAGGUCCAGCUGUCGGUGUUUGACGAUCAGGCGGAGGACGACUCCGAAGACCUGAGGGCCCGGCUGGACGACGUGCGCAUUGAGAUGGAUGAUGUGGCCGAGGUCUUCCAGAUCCUCAUGAACACGGUGAAAGACUCUAAAGCAGAGACGCACUUCCUGUCGCUCAUGCAACACCUGCUCCUCGUCCGCAACGACUACCUGGUCAGGCCUCAGUACUACAAGCUGAUUGACGAGUGUGUGGGUCAGAUCGUCCUGCACAGAAAUGGCACCGACCCGGACUUCAAGUGCAAGCACGUCAAACUGGACAUCGAAGGGUUAAUCGACAACAUGGUGGACCAGACCAAAGUGGAGACCAGCGAGGCCAAGGCCGCCGAGCUGGAGAAGAAGCUGGAUGUGGAGCUGACGGCCCGUCACGAGCUGCAGGUGGAGCUGCGGAAGAUGGAGGGGGACUACGAGCAGAAGGUGCUGGACCUGAGCGCAGAUAAGGACGUGCUGGGCAAGGAGAAGGCGGAGAAAGAGAAGGAGAUCCAGACCCUGCUGAGCGACAUCAACCGCCUCAAAGAGCAGAUUGAUAAGCUCUCUAAAGAAGUGGAGGAAGCGAAGGCCAAGGUCAUCACCGUGCCCGUGCCCGUGGGCCCCCCACCUCCCCUCUUGCCUGGACAGAGUCCUGUCCCGGGCGGGGUCCCGCCCCCUCCCCCUCCCAUCCCGGGACAUGCUGGCAUACCUCCGCCUCCCCCGCCCCCGCCUCUCCCAGGGCAGCCUGGACCGCCCCCACCCCCUCCCCUGCCCGGGAUGACUGGCAUACCCCCUCCUCCCCCUCCUUUGCCUGGGAUGCCUGGUUUACCCCCUCCUCCCCCUCCUUUGCCUGGGAUGCCAGGUAUGCCUCCACCUCCACCUCCACUUCCCGGAAUGGCAGGUAUGCCUCCUCCCCCACCCCCCCUCCCUGGAGGUCCUGGCAUCCCUCCUCCGCCCCCCAUGGGCCCCGGCAUGCCCCCGCCCCCUCCUGGUUUAGGGGGUUGGGGGGUCCCUGCGGUCCCCACCCUUCCGUAUGGUCUGGUCCCCAAGAAGGAGUACAAGCCUGAGGUGCAGCUGAAGAGAGCCAACUGGUCCAAGAUUGGACCGGAGGACAUGUCAGAGAACAGCUUCUGGGUCUCCACCAAGGAGGACCGCUUCGAGAGCAACGAGCUCUUCGCCAAGCUCACCCUGGCCUUCUCCUCUCAGACCAAGACUUCUAAAGGUAAGAGCAGUCACCUUCUCCUGUUCCUCACACUGUCGUGUGUCUACCGUGAACCUGUGACCGAGCAGACCGUGAACCUUGUCCGAGCAGACCGUGAACCUGUGUCCGAGGAGACCGUGAACCUGUGUCGAGCAGACCGUGAACCUGUGUCCGAGCUGACCGUGAACCUGUGUCCGAGCAGACCGUCUGCCCGGCGAGCCCGCAGCCGCAGUCAAGGGCAGCCCAAGGACCCGCCGAGCCAUCGGCUCCCCGACAUCGUCCCGCCCGGAGGAGGCUCCCGCUGGCCCCCGUCUGCUUUUAACGCCGCUCAGGCGCGCCACCUGUUGCCCCGCUCGCUGAAGCGCGAGAGGGAGAGCGCGUCCGUCGGCCCGCCGGUGGGCCUGCGCCAUCUGCACGUUAUCAACGCCGCCGCCGCCGAUCCGCCCGACAAACACCCCCCGACACGAGCCGCGCCCGCCAGCGCUGAGCCUUAUUGCUCCCAGCAUGCUCAGCGACAGCCCCCACCCCACACCCUGCUGGAGCAGAGCAUCCCGGACCUGCUGGUGGCCCGGCCUCACACCGGGGAGGAGAUGGGCACGGGCAGCUGCCGCUCUCCAAGUCAUCCCUGGCAUUUCCUGGAGGGGAAGGCUGCUCCACUUCGUGCACGUCUGCAGGUGGAGGAGAGAGGGGCGGAACGGGGGGGCGCUGGGGGGGCUCUGGAGCAGACGCAGCUUCAGCAGCAGCAGCAACACAUGAUCACCCCGUGUCACACGCUGCUCUGCAGACACAUGAUCACCCCGUGUCACACGCUGCUCUGCAGACACAUGAUCACCCCGUGUCACACGCUGCUCUGCAGACACAUGAUCACCCCGUGUCACACGCUGCUCUGCAGACACAUGAUCACCCCGUGUCACACGCUGCUCUGCAGACACAUGAUCACCCCGUGUCACACGCUGCUCUGCAGACACAUGAUCACCCCGUGUCACACGCUGUUCUGCAGACACAUGAUCACCCCGUGUCACACGCUGCUCUGCAGACACAUGAUCACCCCGUGUCACACGCUGUUCUGCAGACACAUGAUCACCCCGUGUCACACGCUGCUCUGCAGACACAUGAUCACCCCGUGUCACACGCUGCUCUGCAGACACAUGAUCACCCCGUGUCACACGCUGUUCUGCAGACACAUGAUCACCCCGCGUCACACGCUGUUCUGCAGACACAUGAUCACCACGUGUCACACGCUGUUCUGCAGACACAUGAUCACCCCGUGUCACACGCUGCUCUGCAGACACAUGAUCAACCCCGUACACAUGAUCACCCCGUGUCACACGCUGCUCUGCAGACACAUGAUCACCCCGUGUCACACGCUGCUCUGCAGACACAUGAUCACCCCGUGUCACACGCUGUUCUGCAGACACAUGAUCACCCCGUGUCACACGCUGCUCUGCAGACACAUGAUCACCCCGUGUCACACGCUGCUCUGCAGACACAUGAUCACCCCGUGUCACACGCUGCUCUGCAGACACAUGAUCACCCCGUGUCACACGCUGUUCUGCAGACACAUGAUCACCCCGUGUCACACGCUGUUCUGCAGACACAUGAUCACCCCGUGUCACACGCUGUUCUGCAGACACAUGAUCACCCCGUGUCACACGCUGCUCUGCAGACACAUGAUCACCCCGUGUCACACGCUGCUCUGCAGACACAUGAUCACCCCGUGUCACACGCUGCUCUGCAGACACAUGAUCACCACGUGUCACACGCUGUUCUGCAGACACAUGAUCACCCCGUGUCACACGCUGCUCUGCAGACACAUGAUCACCCCGUGUCACACGCUGCUCUGCAGACACAUGAUCACCACGUGUCACACGCUGUUCUGCAGACACAUGAUCACCCCGUGUCACACGCUGUUCUGCAGACACAUGAUCACCACGUGUCACACGCUGCUCUGCAGACACAUGAUCACCCCGUGUCACACGCUGUUCUGCAGACACAUGAUCACCCCGUGUCACACGCUGCUCUGCAGACACAUGAUCACCAUGUGUCAGUCCAAUCGCCAGUGGGAUCUGUGA